AUGAUUGCACUCCACCGUCUUGUGAUCGGAGUCUGCCUGGCAGUUUUCUCAGGCUGGAUGUUCGCCGAUUACUUUAUCCUCUGGCAGGACAAGAUCAAGACGCACUUUGUCUUCAACCAGAUGGACCUCUACUGGUCCGUGGUCUGUCUCUUGCCCAUCCUCCUCGGCCACUUCCUCACCAUCUGGGGAAACUACUUCCGCGCCACGGCCCAGUUCCAACACUCCAUCUCCAAAGUCACCACGCCCGCCCACAAGAAACAGCGCAUCUCGGUCUGGGAACGUCAUGACCCUUAUUUCGGCUACACGGUCAAAUUCUGGUGCCUCGCGACUUUGAUCGCCAUCAUGAACAUUUACUGGUUCAUCUUGACCACUAUCCUGAGCAGACCCGAUUAUGUCGAGUCGUACGGUAUUGCCCAGGGCAACGUUCGUGCGAUUGCGUAUGGUAGUUCGCAGGCGGUGUUGUUGGAUACGUCGAUUAUUUUGUUCUUGGUUUUGAGGAGAUCGAUGUUGCAUGCGUUGGGUUUUACGUACCCGGAGAUUGUUCCUCUGCAUCGGUGGUUAGGUGUGACGAUGCUUGUGUGGUCGACUAUCCAUGCGGCGUUUUAUAGUGCCUGGUUGACGAUGGCGGGCAGGUUCAAGUCGGAUAUUGCGUUCACUGAUAAAUCCAGAGGUACCCGUAACAUGCCCGGUGUCUUUGCAUGGUUUGGAAUUGUGAUCAUGGCGUUCAUGGCCCUGCCCCAGUUCCGCCGGCGGGUCUACCCAGUCUUCAUUUACGUCCACCGCGCAGGCACAUUCGUCUUCUUUGUCGGCCUCAUCAUGCACUACCCCUCCGUCAUGCUCUGGUACUACAUGCUCCCCGGCUUUGUCCUCUUCCUCGUCGACCGCUUCGUUCCCAAGAUCAUCCAGACCCGUUCCAUCCAUCCCAAUGUCACCUGUGCCUUCAAUGCUGAUGCUGAAAUCAUCCGUAUGCGCCUUACCUCCCACGAACCUAUGAAGCCCUAUUACCCUGGUGACUAUAUCACAGUCCAGAUCCCUGGUCUCGGUCGUAUCUACCAUCCCUUCACAAUUGCCUCCUACUGGCCUGAAGAUCCUCAUUCUAUUACUCUCUUCAUGCGUGUUGUGGGUGAGUCCAAGUGGAGCUGGACAAAGGACUUGGCCAAGCUCUGCGGAAAUGAGGACAAGAGGAUAACUAUCCAGGCCAAUGUCGAUGGUGUCUUUGGUGACCGUCGCCACGACUAUCUCAAGUCCGAGACCAUGAUUAUCUUUGUUGCCGGUGCUGCCAUUACCACCUUCAUGUCCUUGAUCAAGGCUAUCGCAGCCCAGAUUGCAGCUUCUGACGAGCCUCUCCGCAUGCAGUUGCACCUCAUUUGCACAUUCCGUACCCGCUCCGAGCUCCACGCCUAUGGUUCCUUCCUCCACCAGAUCACCCGCGACCCUCGCUUCACCAGCUGGUUGCACGUCGAGGUCUUUGUUUCCCGCCCCGACAAGCCCGCGACCCUCAUGGGUGCGCAUGCCCACGUCGUCAAGAACGAUAUCCAGGUUCCUAGUCAGGUCAAGGUCGCCAAGAAGAACUUCCUGAAGCGCACUGGCACCAAGCUGAAGCGCGCUCUUUCUGGUCGUACCAUCGUCGAGGUCCCUGCACCCACCUUGACCUCUGUCGUGAUCCAGAGCCAAGAGAAGUCUGCUGCUGCCGGUGUGGACAACUUGCAGCGCUCGAGCUCUGUCAAGUCGACCGUCGAGACUCUCCACGGCGAAGACUCCAAGAACACCAGCAACACCACCUCCAACUCUAGCAGCAACAACAGCUCCAACAUCGAGAUCAUCAACGAAAUGGACGAAGAUGAACCCCUCCCUCUGUCUAACAAGCCCACAAAGUCUAGAACCUACAUCGAGAACGCCCUCCCCACCUUCCAAGCCUCCUCGGCCCAUACGGUCUCCAAGCGCUUGGCCUUCCUCGACCUGGUCACCUCUGCAUUCCUGGUGACCGUCCCCCUGGCUUUCUACUACGGCUUCCGUGCUGUCCAAUGGGACGGUAAAACUCACUGGUGCCCUACCGCAAAAUCCAAGGACAGGUGGACCAUCUUUGUCUGCCAAUGGGUCUACGCCCUCGUCCCUGGAUUCCUCCACUUCUUUGUCUUCUUCAUCCUGGGCUCCAUCGGCAUCGCCCUCGCAAGACGGUUCCAUCUGCGCCAUCAAAAGGGCGGUCACGAUGUCGAAACGGCCAUCCCCUACCCAGAUUUCAACGCCGAGGACGAGAAGCUCUCAGUCGAGGAUGGUAACUGGGAUGAGGGUGAUGUUGUCUACAGUCGUGGACGCAUGGAUGUUCGCAAGUCGAUCCAGGGAUUCGUUAAUGCUGGAGUCGGCAAGAAGGAGAAUGGUCAAGGGUUGGUUGCAGUGUUUGCAGGUGGUCCUGAGGGCUUUGUGGCCAUGAUUGAGAAGCAGACCAAGACUGCCAACUGGUCUGUUGAUUUCCAUCGCGAGACCUGGGCUCCUUAG